AUGUCGACUAUCAACGCCACUGUAUGUAGUUCGAUUAGUGGAGGAAAUGGAACUACUCUCGAUGCAAUUCAAAUGAUGAACGCCUGCAACAAACUGAACGAAGUGAAGCAGAAGAUCAGUGAGGAGAGAAAGGUCGGCAUCUCUUCGAAAGUCUUCCCGAUGCUCGAACAACAAAAAUACUACCUUGCCCAAAUAAUCCGUAUUGGAGCGGAACCCUAUUCCACGGAGAACAGUUUUGUCGUCGCUAACAAUUAUGCAUUUGUCCACCACCUGCAAUCGAAAAUCGACUGCAUUCCAAAAUGA